AUGCACCUCUUCCGCCGUGGCACAUCCUCGCUCUUCGGCUCCUCCAACGUGUCUCUUGCCUCGUCCCGCAACGGUACCGACACUGAAACCGACGCCGUCGGCGACAAUGCGCUCGCCGCCGAGGGGUUUCGUUCUGUGGCCGCGCACGACAAAUUAUUCCAGAAGCCUGACCCCGCCGUUGAUGGCGACGAGUGCUUGCAUGACUGCGCUACCUGCACUGUCAAGUACCCCGCCAAGUUCGAGGUCGAUCACGCCGAUGAGCUGUAUGGGCAGGUUAAGGGGUGGGCGACGCAUCUGCUUGUAGCGACUGGCAAGUCGGACUGGGUGAGGGAUGUGGCGGAUGAGGAGGGGAGUGUGAUGGAGGCGAUUGAGAAGGGGGGAUUGGAGCCGAGCAAUGGGCGACUCAAACUGUCUGCUUCCAACAUGCCCGUCCCCGACGAAUACCACAUCCACGAGCCAGGCAAGCAGCCCACAGACGUGCUGCUCCUGCCGAGCUUCACGAUCGUCGAACAUGUCACGCCACAGCUAGCCCCGGAAUUGAUCGAUCACUUUGUCAACCGGUCCUUAACAACCACCACUCCACUCGGCACCCGCCCAGCGACACAAGCACCGCUCCCGACAGAGCAAAGCAACCAGGGCCAAGACCGGGACCAAGACCAAGAACCAUCAUCAUCACAGCCCCCGGUAGUAACAACAACAACAAACCACAUCCCCACAUCUCUCCGCUCCCGUCCCUGCCCACACGCUGCCGUCAUCCUCCUCUGCUCACAGCGCACACGCGACGCGCGCUGUGGACAAUCGGCACCGCUUCUGCGCCGCGAAUUCGAGCGCCAUUUGCGGCCACUCGGUCUAUACCGCGACAUGGAUGACCAGCGGCCGGGAGGCGUGGGCAUCUAUUUUAUCAGCCAUGUGGGCGGGCACAAGUACUCGGCCAAUGUGAUUGUGUACCGACGCCGGGACUUUGAAUGGUACAAGCGUGAGGACACAACGGCGAAGCCAUCAGCGGAAGCUGAGCAAGAAGAAGAAACAGAAGAGGGUGCCGCGCAGGGUAUCUGGCUGGCGCGGGUCCGGCCGGAAGAGUGCGAGAAUAUCAUUCGGUAUACCGUGUUGCAGGGCAAGGUGCUCAAGCCGGAGCAUCAGUUGCGUGGUGGGUUUGAUCGGGAACGCGGGUUAGUGAGUUGGUAG